UACGGACGCAAUUUCGUGGAUGUCUUCAUUUCCCGAUCGCAUGUCAGUUAUUCCUCACGUCAUCUGUGCUUUCUUAUUCGUGACAGUUUUCAAUAGUAUUCCGAGUGUAUCUCUAAUAUUCUUUAAGAGGACGAUGCUGUAAAAAAAUAUUUUCAGAUUCUUCUACAAGAGCUGGAAUCGCGCAGGUGAUAUAAUCGUCAAAUCAAUGUACAGAAUUAAACAUUACAUGUACAAGUCUUCAAACGCGAGCGGUUAGCAUUUCUUAGAUCGAGCGAGUUCCACGUCGCGCGUGCGAUCGAGAAAAGGAGAAGGCUUUCGAACUCUCGCUUUCGGGGCGCGGUCGCUUUUUUUGACGGCGUUCUAAAAAUAAAAGGGGCCACAGGACCGAGACAUAGUGGAAGGCCCGUCGGACAGUCUGUUGUGGGGUUGCGAGCACGCGUACGCAUGCACUCACGUAUUUAUGCACGUGCGUGAAGGGCACGCAUCGGCUCGCAGACGCGUCGCGCACACCCGCAUGACACGCAGACGCGCCAAUCAAUAUCGGACUCUACCGGGUGUUCGCCGGGUGCGCACCCCGACUGUCGCACCGGCUGAGACAGUCAGUCAGCGAGUACGUGGUCGCAUCCACCAACCACACCUUCCUUCGCGAGUCUCCUACGACCGUCGCCGAUUACAUCCCUUUGGAGAAGACACACAGCAUUGUACCUGAGUACGCAAGCUAGCCGGCUUGCCAACUUACUCUCCUUGCAACCUCGUCUAUUGCAGUACGUCAUUACGGCUGGAAGAAUCCGAAAGAUAUAAAAGCAGACGGCAAUUCAAAGAAAAUGGAGAUAAAAGGGCGAGUUGCCCUUGUGACAGGAGCCGCUUCCGGCAUCGGUAAAGCGUGUGCCAUCGAGUUGUUAAAUCAGGGUGCCAAGGUGGCCAUUUGUGAUAUUAACACCGAAGAGGGUGAGAAGUUGGUGGAGACACUAACCGCAAAAUACGGCAAAGAUCGUGUGAUCUUCUCCCAAUGCGACGUCACUGAUUAUCCGCAAUUUGAAGAAUCAUUUCAGACAACGAUCGCGGAAUUCGGUCAUAUUGAUAUCGUUAUCAACAAUGCUGGUAUCAUGAAUGACCGAUUUUGGGAGCUUGAAGUAGAUAUUAAUCUCAACGGAGUGAUUCGCGGUACUUUGCUCGCUCAACGGUUUAUGGGUACAGAUAGAGGUGGCCAGGGUGGAGUCGUUAUUAACACCGGCAGCAAUGUCAGCAUUAACCCUUACGUCAGUGUGCCAAUUUACUCCGCGACAAAAGCGGCCGUCGUCAACUUCACCAGGGCUUUCGGGGAUCAAUAUCACGUGGACUUGACGGGUGUUAAAGUAAUCGCACUUUGUCCAAGCGCCACAGAGACUAAAUUAGUGCGAGACGUCGGCAGAAAGCUUCUUCUGGCUCGAUAUGAGGAUGCCUGGCAAAGGGAUAUAUCUUCAUCAGUCUUUCAAAGGGCGGAACACGUGGCAAAGGCACUGAUACACGUGUUGAACACCGGCAAGAGCGGAAGCGUAUGGAUGGUGGAGAAGGAACAGCCGCCGCACGAGUUCAGCUUCUCGAAGCACCAAUACAAGAAAUGGACUUGCAGCCUUGUACUGAGUGGUUCCGGUUCUGGAUCUACGUGUUUUCAUCACUUUUUUCCUUCAUGCUUCUUACCUAUCGACUCGCGAAUCCGAUCUUGUUUACCUCGAGAGCAGGUUCACGUUAUCCCUAUCAGAUUCGCGAAUGAUAUUCCAUCACCGUUGACUUCUCAAAUUUCAACAUCUGUGGCAUGUUCUCAGCAGUAUGUGACGGAUUUAUUUGCAGAUCAGUGCUCGACGAGAUCGUACCUUCAGUGUGAUCAUCGAACAGAACGUGUCCACAUGAUGGAGAUCCAGGAGAAAACCGUGCUCAUCACCGGGGGAGCCAACGGGAUCGGUUAUUGCACUGCUCGGGAAUUACUGCGAAAUGGAGCAAAGGUCAUUGCAAUCGUAGAUUUGCCCGACUCGAAUGGUGAAAACGCUGUGGUGGAAUUGGAAAAAGAGUUCGGUACAGAUCACGCUAUUUUCCUCGCUGGAAACGUAGCAAAUGUUGAGGAAAUCACAGCUUGCUUCGACAAGGCGAUAGAAACACUUGGCACGUUGGACAUUAUUAUCAACAGUGCCGGUAUCAUGAAUGAUGCCAAAUGGGACUCGAUGGUUGAUAUUAAUUAUAAAGGAGUUGUACGUGGUACAAUAUUGGGUCUGAAUCAUAUGGGAAAGCAUAAAGGCGGAAAAGGCGGUACUAUCGUCAACAUGUCUUCCAUAGUCGGUUUGAAAGGCAAUCCGAUCGCGCCGAUUUAUGCCGGUACGAAGUUCGCCAUUCUUGGAUUUAGCUCAUCAUUACAGACUUUCUAUGAGAAGACAGGCAUACGCGUGUUGGUGAUAUGUCCUGGUCUCACGAACACAGCCAUGGCGUCAAAAUUCAUGUCCAGCAAGAUCUAUGCCAUGGAUAUUCUCGACGACGAAAUUGCUGCUAAGGAGAUGACAACAUUAGAGAGUCAAUCACCUGAACACGUAGCAACUGCUAUUGUGGAACUUAUUGAAAAGGGAGAAAAUGGCACGAUCUUCGUCAGCGAAAACAAUCAACCCUCAUACGCCGUGAAAUUACCGUUUUACACAGAUCUGAAAGUCACAAUGUGAAACUUUUAAUAAACGGUUAAUCAUCUUUGGUAUAUGGACACCGGCGUCUCAAAGGGAGAUCUCGCUUUCAUAAUUUUAAAGAUAAGCAUCUUUCGAUUAGAACCAAACAUCAAAAAUAAUUUUUAUUGCAACAUAAAUUAUAAAAUUUUUUACCAAGAAUUUUACUUGCAUAUUUAUAUAUCUUUUUUAUUUUGGUUGUAUAAUUAGAGAGAGCCUGUUUAUAGUUUCGUUAGUAAAUAAGAAUAGAUAGUAGUAACAAUGACGCUUCUUGAAACCACGUAUUACAUUUUUCAAUAGCUUAGAUACCAGCUUAUCAAUGAAUUCAUGAAAACGAAAUGGAUCGCAUAUAUUCGCUCGCGCGCAUGCUUGACAUGAGACACUGCUGUGACAUUGCUUAAUUUAUACCAAAAGUAUAAACAUAAGAUUACAUACAAUAUUACACAAGACUAAUAAUUCAGGUCUAAAAUAUACGCGAAUAGAAAAGUAAAAAAAAAAGGAAUAAUAAUAUGUAGUAAAUACAAAUUUUCUUCAUGAUUUGCAAUUUUAAUAUGAGAUAAUGCUUAAGAGAAAACAUAAUCUUUACGUAGUCAAUGUACAAAUAGUUAUUUAAUAAAUAGUGAACUUAUUGUUCAUAAAAUGA